UUUUCUUGUCACAGGGUUGAAGGAGAGUUUAGGGCCUAGCAAUCGAGUAGUAUCCCUGAGCCUUCGAGGUUUCUGACGUGCUUCUGUGGCUGUGUUGGCUCGCUAGCGGGGAGUGCGUGUAAACAGCUGCAGGAGAAUAAGACUAGCAUGACAAUGGCGGCGGCAUCAGCAGCAUUGCAGGCCUCUGCUGCAGGUUCCACCGCCUUGCUCGGCAAAUCAGCCGCAGCGAAUCUCUCAUCUCACAGCUCAUUCGUCCCUUCAAACCGCUCGCUGGUCGCAGCUACAGCACAUUCCACCAGAUCUCGCACCAGGAGCACCUCGACCGUCCGAUCUGCGCUCGCGCAGGAGUUCUCGGCCCUCGAUCGCGUCGAUAUUCUCUCCGAAGCGCUUCCCUUCAUCCAGCGGUUCCAACGCAAGACGGUCGUCGUGAAGUAUGGCGGCGCGGCCAUGAAGGAUCCUACUCUUAAAGAGGGCGUGAUUAAGGACCUCGUGCUUCUAUCCUGCGUCGGCCUGCGCCCCGUGCUGGUUCACGGUGGCGGCCCGGAGAUUAACACGUGGCUGACGCGGAUAGGCAUUGAGCCGAAUUUUAAGAACGGACUGCGGGUGACUGAUGGGCCUACUAUGGAGGUGGUCGAGAUGGUGCUUGUAGGGAAGGUGAAUAAAUCGCUUGUGUCACUUAUUAAUCGAGCCGGUGGCACUGCCGUCGGAAUGUGCGGAAAGGACGGUCGCAUGAUCACCGCGCGACAGGCUAGCGAAGAUCUGGGCUUCGUCGGCGACAUCGCGAAUGUCGACACCACUGUCGUCAAAGGGCUGGUUCGCGACGGCAUUAUCCCCGUUAUUGCGACGGUGGCGGCGGAUUCGACCGGGCAGGCUUAUAACGUGAAUGCGGACACGGCGGCGGGGGAGAUCGCGGCGUCGCUGGGAGCGGAGAAGCUCAUUCUGAUGACGGACGUGCCGGGCGUGAUGAUCGACCCCAAGGACGUGGACAGUCUUGUGAAGGAGGUGGACAUCAAGGGCAUUCGCAAGCUGAUAUCCGACGGCAUUGUAAAGGGCGGCAUGAUCCCCAAGGUGGAGUGCUGCAUCCGGUCUCUCGCUCAGGGCGUGCAUUCCACCGCCAUUAUUGAUGGUCGCAAGCCACAUUCGCUACUGCUCGAGGUGCUCACAGACGAGGGUGCAGGCACCAUGAUCACUGGUUGAUUAGAUCGUUUUAACAUAAAAUUGAUGGAUUGUUAGGUCCCCACAUACUUGCCUCGUGUAUCUUCCCUGUUUUUGUUUUCUGUAAACAAGACCCUUCAUACAUUUAUGAUAA